AAAUCUGAAUAAAAGCUGAAACGCGAGGGAAGCAACCGCAGUUAACUGGUAACGGAAGCUUCCAUUUAAGUUUUAAGUGUAUUUUUCUGUAACUUAAAAAAAACAAAAGAAAAGAAAAAUCUAUGAACAUGUUUCUGAAAAGUUGCAUUUUCUUCUUGGUGAUUGCUUAUGCUUCAGCAGAUUACGUAACUACUUAUGAUUGUCCCAACACUACUGUUCAUUCCAAAGAUGUGUUGAUGAAAGUAUCUGAUUGUGGCGCCAGUGAUGCCUUUUGCCCUCUGUAUCAGGGGAAAUCCCACAAAGUUGUCUUUAAUUUCUUAAUGACUAAAAACUACACUGGAAAGAUCGACUUCCGAGUAUAUGGUGUGUUCGAGAAGUUCACCGUUCCCUACAGAGGCAAGUCCGAUGCUUUCGACAACGCUACCUACACCGACAGUGGCGAGAAACUGAAGGACGUAGGAAUCUUCCUGACCAACCGACCCAUCAGGCACGAGUCCGAGUUUGCUGUGUCGGCUAACUACCCUAAGAUUAAUCUUAAAGUGAGAUUUGUUAUUGUCGAGAGGCGAACCAAAGAAGUCCUCAUGUGCAGAGAGCUCCCCGUCGGCAUUCAGAGUCCACCUGAAGCUUAAGCCAAAUGUAUUUUAAAAUGUAAUUUGCUUCAUAACUGAGGUCUUGAGCAGGCAGCUAAGGACUUCCAGCUAAACUAUAAUAUAUUAGGAAGACUUCCCAAAUUUAUGGACAAAAAAAAAAAAAAAAUGUAAAACAUUUUUAAUAGCAUUUUAGGCAUGAUUUAUUUUUGUAGUUCAAAAACAUUUGUGUGUGAAUAAACUUUUUAAGAUGGAA